CGCCCCCUCCCGCGCCUGCUACCGCUUCCCGGGGCCCCCAGCCCGGCUGGGCGCUGACAGCAGGGGCGGGGGGUCCCCGCCGCCGCCGUGUCUCACUCAGGCUCCGGCAGCGGAGCCCCCGGUGCGGCCAUGGACCGGCCUCUGGUGGCGUCGGCGGAGGCGGAGGAGGAACUGGAGUGGCAAGUGGCGAGUCGCAGGAGGAAGGCCUGGGCCAAGUGCCGCGGUUCCUGGCAGGCGUCGGAAACGGAGGACCUGUCCACAGAAGCGACGACGCAGGACGAGGACGAGGACGACGAGGAGGACCUCCCGGGCGCGAAGCUGCCGGCGGCGGCGGGAAGAGGAAACGUGCCCAACGAGAAGAUUGCGAUAUGGCUCAAGGACUGCCGUACCCCUUUGGGAGCCUCACUGGAUGAGCAAAGCAGUAAUACGCUCAAGGGUGUACUUGUGAGAAAUGGAGGCAGUUUUGAAGAUGAUUUAUCUUUGGGAGCUGAAGCCAACCACCUCCAUGAAACGGAUACUCAAAUUGAAAACUGCAAUAAUAUCUUGGCCAAAGAGAGAAGACUACAGUUUCAUCAGAAAGGAAGAAGUAUGAAUUCCACUGGAUCUGGGAAAAGUAGUGGGACAGUUUCAAGUGUUUCAGAAUUGUUGGAACUUUAUGAGGAAGAUCCUGAAGAAAUUCUUUAUAAUCUUGGAUUUGGACGAGAUGAACCAGAUAUUGCUUCUAAAAUUCCUUCCAGAUUUUUUAAUUCAUCAUCAUUUGCCAGAGGGAUAGAUAUUAAAGUAUUUUUGAGUGCUCAAAUGCAACGGAUGGAAGUAGAAAACCCAAAUUAUGCUUUAACAAGUCGUUUUCGUCAAAUUGAAGUGCUUACUACUGUGGCCAAUGCCUUUUCUUCUUUAUAUUCUCAAGUCUCUGGGACUCCCCUCCAGAGAAUUGGGAGUAUGUCUUCAGUGACUUCUAACAAGGAGACAGACUCACCUCCACCUUUAACCCGAAGUAACACUGCAAAUCGUUUAAUGAAAACACUAUCAAAACUAAAUUUAUGUGUUGAUAAAACAGAAAAAGGAGAAGGUAGUAGUCCUUCCCCAACAAUCGAAAAAGGAAAGAUCCCGAAUGUUUCAGUGAUGGAAGAAAGUGGCAAUAAAAAUGAUCAAAAGUCUCAAAAAGUUGUAAAGAAGAAAGACUCAUCUUCUAUGUUGGCUACAGUUACAGAAGAAGUAUCAGGUAGUUCAGCAGCUGUUAUGGAGAAUGCUGAUGUUGAUAGACUUUGUGAUGAAGCAAAUAGGAAUUUUAACCAAAAAACUGAAGGUGAACUAAGUGAAGAAAUUCAAAGUCAUGCGAAUAAACUGGGUGAGGAAUCUGGUAUUGUAGAAUCUGACUUAGGUAACAAUUUCAACAUGUCCAGGCACAGUGAGCCAGAAAAUGGCAACGAGGUGAAAAGCGCCCAUGUGUCCACACCUGAGAAGGAGCCAUGUGCACCUCUUACGAUCCCAUCCAUAAGAAAUAUAAUGGCACAGCAAAAGGACUCCUUUGAAAUGGAAGAGGUUCAAAGUACAGAGGGAGAAGCUCCUCACAUUCCGGCUGCUUACCAGCUAGGUCUCACAAAGUCAAAAAGAGAUCAUCUAUUACGUACUGCAAGUCAGCACUCUGAUAGCAGUGGUUUUGCUGAAGAUUCAACAGACUGCCUCUCCCUUAAUCAUCUUCAGGUUCCCGAGUCUUUGCAAGCCAUGGGGAGUAGCGCUGAUAGUUGUGAUAGUGAGACAACAGUCACAUCAUUUGGUGAAGACCUUGUCACACCAUCGGCACAAGACCAGCCUUAUUUUAAUGAAUCAGAGGAGGAGUCACUCAUCCCUCUUCAAAAGGGAAGAGAGAAGGCAGCAAUAGCUGCUGAAAAGAAAAGGUCAGAUAGCGAGGAUUUCCCCCAAAGUGAGACUGUGGAGAAUGCAGGAAACACACAAUCCAUGUGCAGCACAGGAGGUCACUUUACUGAAAUUAGUGAAAUGAGAGAGGAUUUUUCUCCAGCACAGCCAGUGGACCUGCUGAGGGAAGCAAGUGCUGAAAGUGAUGUGGAUAAAAGCAGUGAAUAUGAAUUUGCCCACUAUACCACACACCAUAUUCUGAAAUCACUGGCUUCUAUUGAAGCUGGAUGCAGUGAGAAGAGCUCUGAAAACACAACUGGGCCUCCAUCUUCUGUGGACAGAGUUAAUACAGCUUUGCAAAGAGCUCAAAUGAAGGUUUGCAGUCUGUCUCACCAAAGAGUAGGACGUAGCUUGAUAAAAUCAAAAGAUCUCUUAAAACAGAGGUACUUAUUUGCAAAAGCUGGCUAUCCUCUAAGAAGGUCUCAGUCUUUACCAACCACCUUAUUGAGCCCAGUAAGAGUUGUAUCCUCUGUCAAUGUCCGGUUGUCCCCAGGAAAGGAAACCAGAUGCAGUCCACCUUCUUUCACCUAUAAGUACACACCUGAAGAGGAACAGGAAUUAGGGAAAGAGGUGAUUGAACAUGAUGGUCCGUCUUCAGUUAAAUCCACUAUUUUCAUCUCUCCGUCAUCCGUGAAGAAAGAAGCCCCUCAGAGUGAGGUGAACCGGUCAGCGGAAUGCCAUCAUCGAAGGACUCCUACCUGUUCACUGUAUGCUCCAGCACCUGUAUCUCAGUCCACCUGUUCUCUUCACUCUGUCCACUCUGAGUGGCAGGACAGGCCCCUGUGUGAGCACAUGAGAACUCUGAGCACUCACAGUGUUCCCAACAUAACAGGCACCACUUGUAGUGCCUUCAGUGCCCCUUUUGGGUGUCCUAACUCGCAUAGACAUGCUGCCUACCCUUACCGAGCGUGCUCUGCGAACCCUCCUUCUGCCAUCGAGAUGCAGUUGCGAAGAGUAUUGCACGAUAUUAGAAACUCACUGCAGAAUCUUUCACAGUACCCUAUGACAAGAGGACCUGAUCUUGCUGCUGCUCCAUAUAGUACUCAGAAAUCAUCUGUUCUACCUCUAUAUGAAAAUACUUUUCAGGAGCUCCAGGUAAUGAGGCGGAGCCUGAAUUUAUUUAGAACGCAAAUGAUGGAUUUAGAAUUGGCAAUGCUGCGUCAGCAAACUAUGGUUUAUCAUCAUAUGACUGAGGAGGAAAGGUAUGAAGUUGAUCAGCUUCAGAGUUUGAGAAAUUCGGUCCGCAUGGAGCUUCAGGACCUGGAACUGCAGCUGGAGGAGCGCCUGCUGGCCCUCGAGGAGCAGUUCCGCGCUGUGCGCAUGCCUUCUCCCUUCCGCUCUUCAACCCUUAUGGGAAUGUGUGGCAGUAGAAGCGCUGAUAACUUGUCAUGCCCUUCUCCAUUGAAUGUAAUGGAACCAGUCACUGAACUGAUGCGGGAACAAUCCUAUCUGAAGUCUGAAUUGGGCAUGGGACUUGGAGAAGUGGGAUUUGAAAUUCCUCCUGGAGAAAGCUCAGAAUCCAUUUUCUCCCAAGCAACUUCAGAGUCAUCUUCUGUAUGUUCUGGUCCGUCUCAUGCUAACAGAAGAAGUGGAGUACCUUCUGGUGACUCAGUGGGCAAACCUAAGACCCAUCUGGUACCAAGCAAGAAAGUAUUCCGAGCAUCAGUGGCCCUAACACCCACUGCUCCUUCUAGAACAGGCUCUGUGCAGACACCACCAGAUGUGGAAAGUUCUGAGGAAGUUGGAGCUGCCGAAGAAGCCUUGGAAGCUGUAGGACCUAAAUCUGAAGUGGAAGAAGGCAAUGGAAAAAUCCCAUUAAUGCCAGCUGUUGGGGAAAUGCAUAAAAAUGUGGAGCAAGAUGAGUUGCAGCAAGUCAUACGGGAGAUUAAAGAGUCUAUUGUUGGUGAAAUCAGACGGGAAAUUGUAAGCGGACUUUUGGCAGCAGUGUCUUCAAGUAAAGCAUCUAAUUCUAAGCAAGAUAGUCAUUAAAUGGAAUUUAUAGGUUAGCAUGGAUCCUUUUGGCUGUGAGAUGUUGGAGUUAUCAAUGAUAUACACUGGUAGAGGUGUUAUUUGUGCUUCAGAAGAUACUUGCUGCUGGACUGGGCUACUGUAUACAGUGUACAAUGUUUAUUUCUUCUAUGCAUAUCUUUUUUAAAAACGUACAUAGAAACAUAGGCACUUUGCUGACUUUAUUUCUUUUCUAAACUACCAAAACUGUAGCCAUUUGAAAAGCCUAAUAUUUAUUUGUAUGUCAAUAUUUUCCAAUUGAUUCCCUAUGUAGAAUUAAUUUUAAAACUUGAAAACUUCCAGACUUAAACAACUUAUAAAUAACAUAUUUCUUCAGACUAGCUUCUUAAAACACUGACCUCUAUGAGGUAUUUACUGUGCAAUAACUGAUUCAUUUUUUUGAGAGCUUGAAGCAACCAAUGAUUUUCCCUCCACUGCUGUUAAUUAGUGUCACUUCCAAGGAGAAAAAUUGUUCUGUUGUAAAAUUUGCUCUUAAUUCUUGAGGAGGUUACUAAUAGCAGUAGGAUAGAAUUGUAUGAGGUUACCUACAACUACUUAAUGUUCUUACACUGUAAGCAUUGUUACUUUACCUAGACAAAUAUAAUUUUAUUAUAGCUUAUGUAGUAUUUUUCUUUUGGAAACAUGCGUUAUGUUAAACACUAUACUUUUUGCAUUGUCGAGACUUCUUAUAUUAUAAGGAGAUGUUUCUUCUUCUUUUAGACUAAGUAGUAGAGUAUUGCCAAAAUAAUGAGACUUCUGACUUGAAUGGAUUGAAAUGAAUAAGCUGGUUAUGUUUUUCAAAAUGGAGGUAUUUUAGAUUUGUUCUCCUCAUAAUAGAUGGUUUUAAUUUAGUUUUAACCAGUGAGAACUGUUUGUUUUUUGGGGGAAAAAAUAAAAAGGAAGGUGGUUUCCUAUUUUGUUUUGUAUGUAUUAAAUAAAUGUGUAAAGUAACAACCAAAUUUAUUAGUAUUAUUCCUUUAGCAUUUAUAAUUUUCAACUCUUAUUAUAUUUCUUUGUGUGAAAUUUUAAUCAAAAGUGGUUGAGAUGUUAACAAUAUUCUUUGAAAGAAUAUCUAAAAAGUUUAUAAAUGUUUGAAUUAUCACACAAAGGCUGAUUUCUAAAAAUAAAACAAUAAAGUAUUUAUUUUGCCUAACA